AUGGCGGCAACUUAUGACUUGACACCUAAUUUGAUUCCGUACUUGGAUAGACAUCUUGUCUUUCCAUUGUUGGAAUUUUUGUCUAUGCGCAAGAUCUACCCGGAAAUUGAUCUACUGAAAGCUAAAUAUGAAUUAUUGGCUAAAACUAAUAUGGUUGAUUUUAUUUCAAUAUUGUAUAAAACAAUCCAUGACACCGAAGAAGUUCCGUCAGAAUUCACUACCAAAAGAAAUGAAGUUCUUCAGAAUUUAGAGAAUCUUCAAACAGAGGCUCAGAGGGUCUUGGACCUUAUAGAAAAUCCAGAGGUCAUUGCUGCUCUUCGACAAGAUAAACUUCAAAAUCUUAAUUUUCUCAAAGAAAAAUACGGACUUACGGAUGAAAUGGUUAACUCCCUAUAUCAAUUUGGCCAAUUCCAAUAUAACUGUGGUAACUAUGAGGGUGCUUCUGAUAUGUUGUACCAUUUCCGUGUGUUGUCAACAGAUCACGAAUUAAAUAUUUCGGCAUUAUGGGGGAAACUAGCCUCCGAUAUUUUGGAUUCUAAUUGGGAAGCUGCUUUGGAAGAAGUUCAUAAACUUAAAGAAAUCAUUGAUCAAAGGAAUUUCGCGUCUCCUUUGCAUCAAUUACAGCAACGCACUUGGUUUAUUCAUUGGUCGAUAUUUGUAUUCUUUAAUCAUCCAAAAGGACGCGAUAAUAUUAUUGAUUUAUUUCUCUCUCCUUCAUAUAUUAAUACCAUCCAAACUGCAUGUCCAUGGAUUCUUCGCUAUCUUACAACUGCCGUUGUAACAAACAAACGUCGAAAAAACAUUUUAAAAGAUCUAGUUAAAAUUAUUCAACAGGAAAGUUAUGAAUACAGGGAUCCCAUCACUGAAUUUAUCGAAAGUUUAUAUGUAAAAUUUGAUUUUGAGGGAGCCCAACGUAAAUUAAAAGAAUGCGAAGAAGUUCUUAGUAAUGACUUUUUCCUAGUAGCUACAUUACAGGAAUUUGUAGAGAAUGCUCGUCACUUAAUUUCUGAGACAUAUUGUCGGAUACAUUUGAAGAUUGAUAUUAGCGGAUUAUCACAAACUCUUAAUUUGGAUCAAGAGGCAGGUGAAAAAUGGAUAGUCAAUUUGAUUCGAGAUACACGUGUAGACGCAAAGAUUGAUUUUAAAGAGAAUACUGUUAUUAUGAAUCAAAAUCAUACAUCUAUUUAUCAACAAGUUAUUGAACGUACAAAAGGUUUAUCAUUUCGUUCUCAAGUAUUAGCUUCUACUAUUGAAAAACACUAA